CGUGCUUCUCGUCAUUUCUGUCUGAUCCCGAGUCGAAAUGAUUUCAAUUAAGCUUAUUAGCUAUGGUGUAUUAGUUUUGUUGAUUACUGUCGAUUAUGCGUAUUCGGCAACCGAAAAUCAAACAACCACAAUGACUGUCGAAACAACAACAAUGAGCGGUGAAACAACAACAAUGAAGGGUGAAACAACAACAAUGAAGGGUGAAACAACAACAAUGAAGAGUGAAACAACAACAGUGAGCAGUGAAACAACAGCAACUGCAAAAAUAACAGAAAAUACUGCAGAGGUCACAACAAUGAAUGACAGAGCAACAACAAUGGCUGCUGUAAUUACAACAAUGGUUAAAGAAACAACAACGAAUAAAGAAACAUCAACCUUAUCGUUGACGGCAUCUGAAUCGCCGAUAAAUACUGAACAGAUAGACAUUGGAACAACAACAGAGCAAACGUCAAUAACAUCUGGAGAUGAUGCAACUGCAUCUAACAAACUGAAUUCUAAUAUAGAAUCAUCACUUGGAAGUGGAAGUGAGGAACCAACCGUUACAUUUCAUAGCCCGUUUUUAAGCGUUGUCAUGAGUGUUAUUUUGACUAAAUUUUUAUUUUUGUGA